AUGGAAACACUGGCUUGGGAAAAAUGGUCAUCCUUCACUCAGAACCGCUACAUGGAAGAGGUCGAGAAAUAUUCCAAGCCCGGUUCUGUUGCUGAGAAGAAAGCUUAUUUUGAAGCCCAUUACAAGAGAAAAGCUGCCAAAAAAGCUGCCGUGUUGCUUGAGCAAGACCAUGCAGCUGCUAAUGAUUCAUCUGAACCACAUGUGAUGGAUGAGUUUUGCAAUAACAGUUACGUGAAUCCAGAGUUGGCGCAAUCAGAAAGCUGUGUGGCCAUUGAUGAAACAAAGGGAGAAGAAGUAACUAAUGCUCAGCUAGUUUCCUCUGUUGAUGCAGUUGGCUGUAAUGUUGAAGGAAACGAUUUGGAAACUGCUCAAGUAGAAGUUGCAGAAUCUGUACCAGAACAGCUGAGUAUUGCAGAGAAUCCUGUUGUGGUUGACCUUUUCAAUCAGCAAGAGAGUAAUGAAAACCUCAGUAAUACAAUGUCCACUCAAGAAAAGAAAACACCUGUCAAGGUAUAG